AUGACACUUUUAAGUCAACAUAAGAUUGGCGGAUUUAGGAAAUCGGAUUUAAGUCUAAAGUCAUAUGAUAACUUCCCUAUUGACACGCAGAUGACAUUUUUUCCCAAUCUGAAGUCGAAUCAUAAGCCUACCAAUAGUAUUGCGCGGGUCUGCGGAGUAAGGGUAGCUCGCUACCAGAACCAGACCCGAGCGUACGGGCCGGUACGGGACGGACGUAGCGUUCCGCGAGCGCCUCAAAGAGCCAAUAAACCACCACAGACGGGGCCCUAUAGGGCUGAAGCCAGGAUUGAGGGCUAUUUUUCCAGCCAGGUUUGUGGGUGCCAGCGUCAGCAAUGUACCUCGGUACCCGCUCGGAGCAGCAGAAGCGACAGAGUAGUUUUUGGUCAGCAAAAGAAGUUCAUUUAA